UUCAUACGGUAUUCAAAACGAGGCGUUUUAUGAGUGCCACGUAGAAAAAUCUGUCCAGUCUACCCCUAUCGCGAUUCGCAAAUACGUUAUCUUCUUCAGUUUCUCUUCCCCCUUAGUGUUGAGCUUUUUACAUAAAAAAAAAUGGCUCUGAAUGAGUUGUCAGCCGAGAACCCGAAAUGUGGAGUAAAUUUUAAUUCAGUGCCUAACUGUAUUAUUCUCUCUUCAGCUUUUUCACAGACACCAUUCGCCCACCCAUUUUUCAGACCCUCCUUGCCUAAAAAUCUGCUUCCUCUACCUUCUUCAAAUAUCAUUACUCACCUUCACACUUCAAUCAUAUCUUCCGCCGAUAAGUUUUCCGCAUUUAUUCAAUCUUUAGCCUCGCAAAAUCCACUUCUUCAGAAAUUUCACUCUUUCCCUUCCCAACUUCACAGUUUCUGCCAUCAGGUCCGUUCCAGGAACUGCGUGAAGGUGAAUUUUCUGUCAAAUCACAAAUUUGCAGCCGUAUUACCGGGUGAUUCGGUGGCGGGUGUUGUGGUGGCUAAUGGAAUCCUGAAUUUCCUCAACCUAUACAACACCCUGUUGGUUGUUCGCCUUGUUUUGACCUGGUUCCCUAACUCUCCUCCUGCCAUCGUUAGUCCUCUCAGCACCUUGUGUGACCCGUACUUGAACAUAUUUCGUGGAAUCAUUCCACCAUUAGGAGGGACCUUGGAUCUCUCUCCCAUUCUAGCAUUCUUGGUUCUAAAUGCGUUUACUAGCACUGCUGCUGCACUUCCUUGUGAGCUUCCUGCAUCAGGAUCCACUCCGGUGAGUCCUUCAUCUGCUCCAAGUUUUACUCAUCUCACUACAUCACAGCUGAAAUGGAUCAGAAGGCUACAUGGCAACCGUGAAAGGAGCUCCAACAAUGUCAAUUAGGCUGUCAGACUAAUUGCCGAAGAUUCUCAUAAUUUUUGACAACCGGUUUUCUCCAACUCCACCGGCUGAAAAAAUUGUAGAAAUUCUUUGCCACAUGGUAGUUGUUGUUAUGUGAUGUUUGUAUCUUCUUACUAUCUGAUUUGGAAAUAUAUGAAUGGAAGUUUUGAAUCA